AUUGGUGGAAUUCGUCUACCGGUCCAAAAGCUGAGAGACAAAAGGAAAAUUGCCGAAACAAAAAUGGAUUCCAUCUUAUCAUCAAGAAUUGUUAAUUUGGUAUCAUCCAGAUCCAUUGACCUUCUACCCUGAAGCUCUUCUUCUCUCCAUCUCAAAAGGGUCUCUUUGAUAUUUGGUUUUCUCCACCAUGGCAGACUGCAAAACUUGUUCUAAUCAGAAAUCAAGUGACCCUUCUGUUUUCUCUUUCCUUUUUGUUUAUCCCCUUUUGUUUUUGUCGACUUUCUUUGGGUGUUUUCUUGUGAAAUUUAUUCAAUGUUUCUUGUGUUUUUGAAGAUGAAAUGGCUGCAUUGGAGGUUGAAAGUGGCAGUGAGCCUAGGGUUCAUGUCUUCUCAUCUUCAUCAGAGUUGCUUGAAAAGCUGCACGAGAAGUGGAGUUUAUUGGAGAAGCAACCAUACCCUGCUUUCUAUUCUAGUGUUUUUGGUGGGAUCAUUCUUGAUCCAGCUAUGAUGGUAAUUCCCAUGGAUGAUCACAUGGUUCAUCGAGGCCAUGGUGUGUUUGAUACCGCUAUCAUUCUUGAUGGCUACCUCUAUGAGCUGGAUGCUCAUUUGGAUCGCUUCCUCAGAUCAGCAGCAAAUGCAAAGAUCUCCUCUCCCUUCCCUCGAUCAACUCUUCGUAGCAUUCUUGUGCAAUUGACAGCAUCAUCUCAGUGCAGGAAGGGAACUCUAAGAUACUGGUUGAGUGCAGGUCCUGGGGAUUUCUUGCUUUCAUCCGCAGGAUGCCCAACAUCUGCAUUCUAUGCUAUAGUUAUUAAUGAUAACUUCUCCCAGUGCAAAGAAGGGGUUAAAGUGAUAACUUCCACCAUCCCAAUGAAGUCACCUUUGUUUGCCACAACGAAAAAUGUAAAUUACCUGCCAAAUGUUCUGUCGAAAAUGGAAGCAGAGGAGAAGGGAGCCUCUGCGUCUAUUUGGGUUGAUGAAAAAGGUUACAUUGCAGAAGGUCCUAAUGUGAACGUGGCUUUUAUAACCAGUGAUAAGGAGCUUAUUUUGCCUUUGUUUGAUAAGAUCCUAAGUGGAUGCACUGCAAAAAGACUUCUUGAAUUAGCACCUAAGUUGGUUGAGCUGGGUCAUCUGAAGAGUGUCAAAACUGCCAAUCUUACUGUUGAGGAAGCCAAAGCUGCAGCUGAGAUGAUGUAUGUUGGUAGCACCUUACCAAUAUUGCCAAUCAUCAUGUGGGAUGAACAACCCAUUGGAGAUGGUGUGUACUAUUUCCCACUACCAAGAUUAUCUUUCUUGUUGGUAAUUAGAAGUCCUUAAUUAGGCAUUGCCAUUGGUUCCUCUUUUGGAUGACGUAGACGUAUAUCACUUUAACUUUUCAUCUUAGACCUAUAUCACUCUUAACUUUUCAUUCUAUCCAAAUCUAUAUCUCUCAUAUGGAACUUGGACACUCUGGAUAUCAGGGAAAGCAUUACAAGAAUUGAACAUACUUACAUGCCCUGUGUUGGAGUGGCAUCUUAAAUGGUUAUUAUUUUUUGUAUUCCUUCUUACAGGAAAGGUUGGAGAAUUGACAAUGGCACUCUCAGAUCUGCUUUGGGAUGAUAUGGUAGCUGGCCCUGAAACACAGAGGUUUGCUGUUCCCUAUGGUCAAUGAACCCAAGAGUUAUCCGAGGCAGCUGAAGGAGUGGUUUCAUCUUGCAAUUAGGUUUGCCAUUGCUAGUUGUUUCUGCUGCAUCUCCUAGUUGGAAGCUGCCGUGGUGUAUGCCUAGUUGUUGCAUUGCAUGGGCCGUUAAUCUCUUAAACUUUGGUUUCUUUGUCAAUAAAUAUGAAGAUACAAUCUUGUGGUGUUGAUAUCCCCCAACCACAUUUGAAAAAUCAAAGAUUACCUAGUUGAUGCGUGAUGAAAUUUGUAGAUCCCAUAUAUUAGUCCUCUCAGCAUGGGAAGAUGCAUAACUGAUUGCAUCCGGUAAACCAAGGGAAGCAACCUCUAAAUUGUUAAAGACUUGGCAUUGAGGCCCCUCACAUCACCAUGAGGUUGUAUCAAAGCUAAAGAGCAUGACGACCAUGGGCUCUUUUUGUAAUGACAAAAGACAAGGAGUUUACCAAAGCUGUAUCUUUAGAAUAAAGACAUUUUUUUUUU